AUGCCUCAUAUUGUGCGCGACGCGCUCUCCGGGAUCGGCGCGGUCUUCACCAAACACGCCGCGGCUGAGCCCCGCUUGUGCUCGAACCUUUCGGCGUCGCAGUCCACGAAAGAAAAGAUCUUGGAGGUUGUCUUGCGCGACGGGUGGGAUGGGUGCCCUUUCACCGCGGGGUUGUUGAACUCCAAAUACUUCGUCGUCGGGGCGUCCCUGGUGGACACGCCCUACGAUCUGUACCAAGACUUGUGCAAAACGACGGCAGAGAGCCAGACCCUUGCGGUAGUGUUACACAGUGCUUUAUGCUCCGCGAAAGAUGCGUUUGUAAACAAUCGCAUGGGGGCGGAUAAAUUCAACAACAUCCUCAUUGCCGUUGGCAUGUGGGUGGGGGUGAAGCACAAACUAUUACCUCACGUUGUCUUCGGCGAAUAUGAUUCCGCGGCCCUCGAGACAUUCCUUCUCGACGUGAGCGAUGGCAGUUUCCGACAAGAGCUCCUGUCGUUGGCGGAGCAGGAGCCAGGUGGCGACGUGACGGACCUCCAGUUGUUGACCGAUUGGGUUAUCCAGCGAGUCGGCGCGCUCGCGGCGUCGCAGCAGCGGGCGAGCGAGGUCGCGACAGCAGCGGCCAAUGGCAGUAGCGCGGCAGUUUUGAGUCGAGACGAAGUAGAUCAGAUCAAUCAGGUGCAACCCAUGGCAGUUGUCCUUUUGGGCGCACACAAUUUCGAAGAGGCCGCUGGGAAGUUGAAGGGGGGCAAUGAUGCUUUGGAACAGAGUUGGAAUGCGAGGCGCAAAGCUCAUGUCCAGGACGUCCAGGCCGUCCAGAAAGAGAUGCAAAACAUCGACGUGCACAUGGAUAUCGAGGCAGGCGUCAUCAGUAGUCGUAAAUUUCAGUACGUUCGUGACGCUGCCGUUGGCGCGAAGAAGCAUAUAUCAAGCCUCCAGAAGUUUUACAGUUUCGUGGAAAAGGAGACCCUGGUCAUUUCAGUGUACCAGUUGUUCUUCUUGGGCACUACGAAAAAGCUCGCCGUAGAGCAGAUGCGGGCAACGCUCGAUUCAGCCCCGGGCAUCGCCUUCGUAAUCUACCCCCGGCUGCCGAAGAACGCGCGGCGCACGACGAAAAGGGGGGCAACCGUGGAGGCGGAACCUGACCAGGAUUUGGACGAUGAGUUCAACGAUGUCGACGGUGACGGCGAGUUACCAGAACUCCUCAGCCUGGAGAACAUGGCCACCACGAACACCGAGCUCACCGCGCAGCUCACGUGGGACCACUUCGAAGUCGAAGACGUUCUCCUGUCGAAGCGCGCCGAUGACAAGGAAUUGCGUUUCCUCAAACGCGUGAGCUUCACCCUGGACGUCGACGAGGAGCUCCUCUCCACCGCGCUGCUAUCCAGCGGCAUCUACGGGAACAUUGCGAUGCCCGACGCGGUGAGCUGCGCGAGGAAGGCAGCCGCGGGCGCUCGCAGAGCAAUGGUGGACGGUUACGCAUGGGAGGUUGAUCCAGCCACGAAGAACGCGCGCACGCGGUCCCGGAAGACCCAAGUGAGCGAAUCUUUCCACGCCGCUUGGCUGGCCGACAUCAUCGAGCACAGCGUGUCAAAGGCGGCGAUGGAGGACGGCAUCCGCGUGUGCUACAUCGGUAAAGAGUUCCAACGUGGGUUGUGCGACAUCGCCCGUGCGCAGACAUUUUCCCUCGUGGCCAACUUGUACUUGUCCAAACAGCUGACUCUCGAGCAUCGCACGCUCGUGCCAGACCCAGGUGAGAAGCCGAACAAAGGAAAGAGGAUGGUCCAAUCGAUGCUCUCGGAACCGUUGAAAAUUCUGACAUUGAACCCGCGGGGGGAGCUCGCGAUCCCGAGCGACGAGCAACUUGCAAAGCAUUACCGUUGCACCAUGAACGAGGAGAUGCGUGCUAAAUUUGCAGAUUUGCGCAUGGACUUGCCGUUGGCACAGGACAGUGAACGCGGCGAUGAGAAGGUUGCCGUUGGCACCUACGCUGCCAGUCGCGAUGAGCUGAAAAACUCGUUCGGCGAAGAAGUGGCUGCGCAGCGCAACGUGAGCGACAAGAUUCGCCUCGUCCUGACCAAGACGCAGGCCGCAUAUCCGCCGUUCCGCCUGUGGCUCGAGGCGUAUGGACCGCAGAGCGUGGCGCUCCCGCCAGGCACAUGCGUCUGGAAGGGCGGGGCAGGGAAGUUCUUCUCAACUGCGCAAGGAGACCUCGCGGAAGAAGAACAGGCGAAGGCAUGGGCUUUUACCAGGACCACCAACUACAAGGGCGACGCGCCGAAAACGGCCAACGGUAAUUUCGUGCUCGUGAAAGGGGCAGGGGCAACCGCCGUCGAACCGAAAAUGAAGACGCUCAAGAACAUCGAGGCAGAGCUAGGACUCAAUGUGAAGCUGUGGGGCCAUGCAAUUUCGCGCAAAGCCAGCGACGUCACCGUGGCGCCUGGGGCCGUCCAAGUCUAUUGGGUGCCCGCCGCGAGAACCACGGAGGAUGCCGUUGGCUCCGACUUCCAGGGCUUCUCGAAUCUCUCCAUGUGCACUUGGCUUCCGUCGUCUGAGGAAGUCGCGAAGAAGAAGAAGAAGUGCGAGAUCGCGGGUUUGCUGCGGCCUGCCUUCGAGGUCCACCUGAAAGAAGCCGGUAUGGACAAGAAGCUGGAGCCCAUCUCCACGGCUGGCGCCAACCCGAUGUGCCUCUUCGCGACCGAGCGCUUGGAGUUCCGUCCAUCUCAGCUGCGUGCCCUGCACUGA